UGUAGCAUUUAUCGUUACCGUGUGAAAUAUUGACAAAUAAUAUUCUAACAAUAAACGGUUAAUUUACAAGAAGUGCGCGUGUGUGUCCACCGAAUAAGCGUGCAGGGUAUGAUUGGGGUAUUAAGAUAAGUUAAACAGGAUAAUCGCCAAAACUGUUUGUUUUCCGAGUUUCGUGCCUUUUGGUUAAGUGUAUUGGUGCACCCGUUUUAAUUGGGAAGGAGUAGCCGAUCGAAAUCGGAUCCGAUGGCCCAACAUAUCCUGUCUGCGGUUGACACAGAACUAACCUCCAUCAAGGAAAAGGGCGAUUCUUCGGAUAGGGAUGUGUCGAUAUCCUUGGACGACCGCGAUCUAUGGGUCCGCUUCCAGUGUUUUACUAACGAGAUGAUCGUGACGAAAAGCGGCAGAAGAAUGUUUCCUGUGGUAAAAGUGAGUGCUAACGGGUUAGACUCCAAAGCGAUGUACACGGUACUGUUGGAAUUCGUUCAAAUCGAUCCGCAUCGAUGGAAGUACGUGAACGGCGAAUGGGUACCGGGUGGAAAAGCCGAAGUACCACCCUCGAAUCCCAUUUACAUUCACCCGGAGUCGCCAAAUUUCGGGGCGCAUUGGAUGAAAGAGUCAAUAUCGUUCGCCAAGGUCAAACUUACCAACAAAUCGAACGGAAAUGGUCAAAUAAUGCUAAACUCAUUACACAAGUACGAACCUCGAGUCCAUUUGGUCAGAGUCGGAACGGAACCGAGAAGAGUCAUUACUUUUCCGUUCCCGGAAACGCAGUUUAUUGCCGUAACCGCGUAUCAAAACGAGGAAGUGACCUCUCUCAAAAUCAAGUACAAUCCGUUCGCCAAAGCAUUCCUGGACGCCAAAGAAAGACCGGACAGCGUUUACAACCAGCGAAGUGAUUAUUCACACAACUACAGCACCCAGCAGCAAUACUCGCAAUAUGGGUCGUGGUUUAUUCCACAUCAGUCCAUUUAUCCAUCUUCAGGACAGAUGUCGCCUUGCCAAUUCCGAUCCAGUCCCAAGUUGACCAGACAAAAAUCGGCACCGUAUCUACUCAACAGGCAAAAGUCUGCUUCUCCGGUGUCACCUCCACCGCAAGUUUACAACCCCCCCGAACACAUUCAGCAGCAACAGAUUUACACUUCGCCCGGGGCGACUUACGCCAGCUGGUCGUCGAUGUCGACGAUGCAGGCGCAGACGCCCACGACGCUCGUAUCUCCCAUCAACUGUUGGUCUUUGACGUCGAGCCCGCCUCCGCCGCACCAAAUAUCUGCCCAACCCACCCCGAACCAAUCCCCGAACCACCAGAUGUACCAGUACUCGCCCGUCACUAGCCUUACCAACCUCUCCUAUUCGACCUACUAUCCGCAAGAUGUGCCGACCUAUCAGAAUCCCGAAUACCUGGUCAACCCAGUCGCGCAGGACGUGACGUACGCUCAGAUCGGGGGAAAUCGGAACUCUUCGGUGGUAUACAAGACGGAGCAAAUUCAAAGCAUCGACGGCGGCGUGGCUGAUUACGACAGCGUGAAAUCGGAAUGCGCAGCUGCGCGGCAGACGUCACAGGAGACCAGCGAGUCGGCGUCGCGGACCCCCAGGCACGACUGGACUCCGAACCACUUACAAAAUUAGGAGACAUGUCGUGUUGUGACGGUUGAGCGUGUAUAUAUUUUUAAUAAUUUGUAUUGUUAAAUAAAAUG